AUGUUUAUCCGACAAUUUCGUUGUGACACCAAGUCUGUGGAUGAUAGUGAAGAAGAUGGAGAAAAACGUGAUGAUGAUGAUAUCCAAGAUAAUGCAAAUGAUGAGAAAGAAGAUAAUCAAAAUGAUAACGACGACAACUGUAUUAUGUUGUUCAAUGGAUUGGAACUCGGACGUCCAGUUUCAAGCAGAAACAGUUCCUUCAGCUCAGAUCAACGAUAA